UUUUUUUUUUUUCUCCCACACGGUCUCGCUCUCAUCUUCUCUCUUCUCGCUGGGGAAGAACAUUCAUUCCCAAUCUCCAGCUUUCUUCCUCUCUUUCUUUUCCUUUCUCAAUUUCUCCCACGGUAUGGUAUUGAGGUUUUACAUAUCAUCUGUUCCUCUGUGGUUUUUUUUAAUUCCCUUCUCCCCUAUGCUUCGGUCUUGACUCCCAGCCCACCAUGUCUGAUCCCGAGCCCUCCACACUGGCAUUUUCCUCGUCCCCGCCCUCGACUCAGACAUCCGAGUCUGCUGCGGUUUCCCCCAAUUAUGCCUUUCUCGUACAUUCGCAGAAAACUCUAACCCAGAACCUUCCACCGCGUGUUGACAACAAGCUGCUUGCCCGUCAGAAGCGUCGUCGGACGAGUCCCGAAGAUCACGCGAUUCUCGAGGCCGAGUAUCAACGCAACCCGAAACCAGACAAGGCGGCCCGGACAAACAUAGUCAAUCGUGUUUCUUUGGGUGAAAAGGAAGUUCAGAUCUGGUUUCAGAAUCGUCGCCAGAAUGAUCGUCGAAAAUCCAAACCUCUCCAGCCCCAUGAACUGAUCGCUCCCCGCUCCGACGAGUUGAAACCUCUGCCAAGUGAUGAUAGUAUGCCCGCCGAACCAGAUUCCUCCAGCGGGCUGGAGCAGGACACCGACAAUGGACAUGAUCAACAGCCAACUGUGCUAUCUGGAGCAGACUCGUUUGAGCCAGAGGCGCUCGGCGACAAGGAAGAACACGAUCCACUGGGGCCAAGCUCACAAACAAGUGUAGCAACUUCUGAAAUCCCCAGUAGCCAACUGCCCGCAAGCCAACCGGUUGAAGAUGUAGGGGAGGUCCGAAACCCGGAGAACGUGUCAUAUAACGAAUCACUACAAAGCUCGGCAAAGAGGAAACGAUCUGCAUCUGACAUUUACACAAUAGCUGCCGGGACAGAAUCAACUACCCCCGGCACCAUGCUCCAGAAUUUCAAAUCUCCGCCGUCUUUGAGACUAUCCUUGUCCUUUGAUGGUGAAGCCAUGGUGCGGAAGGAAGACGAAUUGACCCCGUCGCCGCCUCAUGGGCGAAAUGCACUCCGAAUUUCCAUGUCUGCUGAUGGAAAAGCAGUCAUCCGUGCUAAUGGCGAACCCUCCCCGUCGAAAAACCGGAUCUCCAUGUUUUCAGUCCGUAAGCCCAGAUUUCCAGGACUGCGAAGGAGCAACAGUGCAGUGGUCCUUGGUACACCCCGAGGCUCGUUGGAGAGAGAGAGAAGCUUUGGAAGGUCUCGCGAUCCCCGAAACUGGGAAUCUGCUUUCGAUACGGACGCAAGAAGUGCCAUUUCCACCCCAACGAGCUCACAAAGCGUGCCAAAUUCCGCCUCUGGCCUUUUUCGAUCCGGCGGUCCGCGCUCGUUAACGAGGAGCUUGUCUGCAAAGCACAGUUCCCUUUUCACACCUACCUCUUCUGACCAUCUGAACACACCGAUUUCCGAAGCCAUGCGAGAAAAGAGGCGGAAGCUUUCGCGUACGGUUUCUUCUCUGGGUCGAUUGGAAACUAACCGCAAAGUGUUGGGUGAAAAACAUGUCCAGACAACAAAAUCCAAGACUCUGAAGGGCGACGAAGAUGGUGAUUCCGAUAAAGAGAACUGGAUUCCCGGAACGCGAGUCUCGCAAGUCCGUCGACGAGCCGCCUCCCAUCAUCACCCUCAGCGGCCGGCCCUGAAGGAAUCCGGCUCUAGAGACGGCCGGGCAAACAAAACCUUGACCUCCGCCCGCUCUCGGUUGUCACAGGCAGCACAGCGCAAAACAAGCGGUGGUUCCACAAAAUCCUUGCCCGGUUUAGGUGCAGAUGUCUCAGCGUUCAUUGCUGGCGGGGGAGGUGCAAGUCAAGAAGAAGACCUUGACUGUAUUCAAGGCUUACUUUCCUUGAGUCAAGGUGCAUGGAGAUGACAAACAUGAUGACUCUAACCUGUGUCUCUCCCAUCCAUGAAAUCUAUUUUCCUAGGUUCAUCUUGAUUUGAUUUUGUCUCUUUUUCUUUUUCUUUUUCCUUUUCCUUUUCCUUUUCCUUUUCCUUUUCCUUUUCUUCUUUCCUUUGUAAUCACGUUUGAAGCUGCAAGCCAGCAAGCGGUGACGGUCUGUAUGAUUUGUGAGCGACGCUCUCUUUGUGAUGAUUGUGCUACUAUUACUUGGCCAUACGGGUCAGCUGUUGAACCCUUUUUUUUUUUGGAAGGCAAUUUUGCCCAACAGCCAUGUCAUGGAUAAUGAAAUCCUGUCUCGAAGCACCAAGGCCGG